AUGGAAUACGUUACUCAUUUAGACAAAGCGGAUCCCUCCAGAGCAACCACAUCAAAACACGGGCUCAAAUUCACUUCACCCGUGAAAUACUACGACUUCCACGUUUACUACUUUGCCCACCAGCCGGCAUCACUUGAGGAAUCCGAUGAAUUGCGAGAUAAGCUACUUUCUGAUUUCCCCCACGAUUGCGCCGACGGAUCGAUCCUCGUCAAGAAAUUACCCGAUACCAAGGUAAUUGGACCCCACCCUACCCAAUUUUGGGAGGCCGAUGUGUUGAGGCCCGAAGUGUUUAUCAAGGUCUUGAGCUGGUUCCAGUUGAACCACGGCAAUUUGUCGGUGCUCAUCCAUCCUCAAACUGGUAAUGACGUCUUGGACCAUUUCCAGCAUGCCUUGUGGUUGGGUGACAAGUUGCCCUUGUUCGAUGUAUUUGGUGCUAGUGAUGGUGCCAUACCUGAGUUUGGAGUGAAAAGAGGCAAGAGGAUUAAAACUGAAGAUUUUGACAACCACAAGACUGUUCUAUAG